AUGAAUUUCACUUCUGCUAUAGGAUCUGAUGGCAAAAAUGUCCAUUCUGCGGACUUACGAAAGCGGCUGAGCCAGUUGUUGGAAACCACUCAGCAAGCAGACCGACCCUGGCUUGCGUGGCCAACCACAUGGAAAGGCCUACAAGAAUCUGACGACCACCUUCUGCUGAGGGAAUACUUGACAAGCCCCCUGAUUCACAAGGAGAAACUUGAAGAAGUUAGACGGAACUUCAUUGAGGCGGUCAGGGCGAAGGGUUUGGCGAAGGAAGGAGUGGCAGCUUUCUUGGAAGGCGGAACAACCGAUGAAUGGAUGCUGUAUUCUUCUGACUGCAACAAGGCGGCCUUUAGGCAAGAGGCCUUCUUCCAGCACUUGAUUGGAAUAAACGAGCCCGAUAUUUAUGCGGCAUAUAUUUUGGCAUCCGAAGAGCUUGUGCUUUUUACCCCGAAGAUACCUGAGGACGCCCUAAGGUUCAUGGGCCCUCCGAAGGACAACAACUUUUACGUCAGUCGGUAUGCAGUGACAGACGUAGUUGAGGUGAAGCAUCUAAAAGAGGUGGAGGAAGAGUUACGGCGGCGAGGCAUUCAUACACUGCUUGUUCUGAAAGGGGUUAACUCCGACAGCGGGCGGCCUGUGGGGCCCCCAAAGGCCAUCAGCAGCUUUUCAUUUUUUUCCAUCGACGAUCAGGCCCUCUACGAUAUACUUGUGGAUUGCAGACUGCGAAAGACACCCCGGGAGGCAGAGUUCUUGGCUGCUGCCUGCCUGUGUUCGUCCCAAGCCCACUGCUUUGUUGCGAGGCAAGUUCGGUGUGGAAUGGUGGAGGGUCAGGCGGAAGCUCUCUUCAAGGCUUACGUUGGGUUUGUCGGGGGUGCUCGACAUGUAGCCUAUGACUGUAUAUGCUGUGCUGGCGUCAAUGCAUCAAUCCUCCACUACGGUCAUGCGGGCCGCCCAAACGAUGCAGCAAUCGGAAGCAGUGAUUUGUUGCUCUUCGAUAUGGGUGGAGACUUCAAUGGCUAUGCCACAGACAUUACUUUCACCUACCCCUCGAGUGGGGUUUUUACAGGACCGCAGAGAGCAAUAUAUGAAGCUGUGCUGGACGCACAGCUGGCUGUCAUUGAGCGCAUGCGACCUGGUGUUGAAUGGACAGAACUUCAUCGAUUGGCCGAGCGUACUAUUCUCAAGCAUUUGAAGGUCAGGGGUGAUAGUUGGCGCUAUGAGUGCUUGCUGCACUGCACCAUGACGAAGACCUAG